AUGCCACGAUCAAAAAGACCUCUGGCAAAAGCAACGCCCAAUGCAUCAAUUCCUUCUGAAGACCGAAGUUCUAUCUUGCCAAUGAUGAAAGGAAGCAAAACCAAAGGUGCUAAUACUGCGAUCGAUAUCAAAAAGUAUGAUUAUUUAAUAGAUAUGGAACUGGAGUAUUGUCGUCUAAGUCAUGAGCUGUAUAGAGAAUGGAUGCUACUAGGUGUGCCUGAAAUGGGUGUUAAUGCAUCUUUUAAGUAUUCGGAUCGAACCAAAGCACCGGAUUAUGCCCUUCUGCGUCGAGAGGUACAAGACUUUAUUAAACAUGCACUUGAAGAGCAGAAGAACGCUCCCCAAAGAGGUUCCAUUGUAUCGAGAAACCCCGAGAAAGAGGUUCCUGGAAACAGAAGACCUGCUGCUGUUAAAGUAGGAAGUUCAUCGCAAAGCUCCGACAAACUGCCAAUCAGUAAGAAUAUCGAGACUCGGGAUGAUCGCAGUAUCGGUAAUGUCGAUUUGGAUGAAGAAGUUGUGUCAAAAUCGGGUUCUCAAGCUGCAGGUAGAAAUUCCAAUGGAAGAGCUACCGGUAGCCGGCGCAAUCGAUCUGGCGAGAACGAGAAUGCUGUUAUCGAAUCCGAAAACACUUCCACCAUAGUGUCCACCUCUAAAUCCAGCUCAAACCCAACAACUAAAUCUGUUCUUACAGACCAAGAAACAAAGCGUUGUCGCGAAAAGCUUAGAAGCAUUUUGAUGGCAGACGAAAAGGAAUUCGGGAACGAAGAAUAUAAAUAUACUCCUUCAACAGUCCAGUUCGAGUUACAAAUUUACCUCUAUGACUUAAUGAGAUUUGGCUACAAAUUUUGCGACUUAAUCGGCGUCUCGAAAAAAGAUUUUGAUGAGUUCAUGGUUUCCGCCCCUGGCAUGUCCAAAGAGGAGGGAAUUCAGAAUGAAGUUUGUCGAAGAAGUUGGGACUUGUUGCGAGAAUUGGAGAAGGAGAGAAGAGAUGACGCUAGCUCGAAUGGAAAAACUAAGCGAACAAGCUCAUCGGGAACUAAAAGGACUUCUGGUGGAGAAGACGAGGGCUUACCAAAAAAGAAGAAAAGAAACAUUCAGAAUGAGGAUCUAAUGGAUCUUAUUGCGAACAUUGGGCUGGACGAUGAUGAGGAUGAAGAGUAUGGUGCGAUUGAGGUAUACGAUACUUGCGACUCACUUCGAGAAAAAAUCAGAGAGUAUUUGGAUCAAACAAGUGUUAGUCAAGCCGCAUUUUGCCGCGCACUAUCCAAAUCACUCGACGACCAAAAAGUGACGCCCGCACAGCUCAAAUCCUUCAUGUCAAAAAACGGACCAAAAUCUGGAAACACAUCUCUGGCAUUUUAUGCAGGCUAUUGCUUCAUGGAAAAGGUUAGACUGUUCGAAAAGAGAGAAAAAAGUGAGUUUAGGUUGGAAAUGGAGGAUAUUUGGGAUGGAACUCAACCAAUUACCUACGGACGUCCUGGAUUUGAUAUUUGGACACCAGAAAAUCAGUGCUACGUUGUGUCUGCGACUUCAACAUUGGGGAUUGAUGAUUAUGGUGUUGAGCAUCGCUUUAAGUGA